AUGAACCAUUUUUCCCAACCAUUACCCGUCCUGUUCAACAACCUCAAUUAACCUACCCUGUUCAACAAUUUCAAUCUUCACCCCAGCCUAUUCAACAACCUCAAUCAACAACCUACCCCGUUCAACAACCUCAAUCUUCACCCCAGCCUAUUCAACUACCACCUAUUCAGCAAUUUCAAUCUUUAUCCCAGCCCAUUCAACUGCUCAUUCAACAAUUUCAAUCUUCAUCCCAGCCCAUUCAAUAG